AUGUUGGAGACACUAGGUAGUUUCGAAUAUACACCAGAGGCUGUAGCAUUUAUACAAAGUGAAAUUAAAAAUCAUUUAGAUUGUGAUGAUAUAUUGGCAGAAUAUAUUGUUGUUAUGGUUAGAAAUAACAAAACAAAAGGAGAUGUUAUGCAUGAUUUAAGUGAGUUUAUACCAAUCGAUCCACAACGUUUUGUAGAUUGGUUGUGGACAUUUGUUGUAUCAUAUAUGGAGAUCAAGAGGGAACCAUCAUCGUCGGCCAUGUCACUGUCGUCAUCGACAUCAUCGUCGGCUGCCAUGGUGGACAGUCCCUCUGCAGGCACCGUCGGACGUGGUGAUGUGCCAAAGCGAGGCCCACCAUCUAGCAAGCUCGUGUUGAACGCUGCAAGAGCUGCAGCCGAAGAUGUAAAGGCUCAUCCCUCCUUGUCAAUGUCUCUUGACGAUAGAUUGGCUCAAGACAGCAAAUACAACAACAAAAAGAAAUUUAAUACAAGAGAUAACAACAAUAACAACAAUAACAACAAUAACAAGAGAGUUGGUAAUCAUAACAAUAAUAACAACAAUAACAAUAGAGGAGGUCACACCAAUUCACACGGAAACAACAACAAUAGACAAAACACACCAAACUUUAAGGUUACUUUUACUACUUUGGAUAGUUCUUCUAGAAAGAGAAAAAUUAACAAUGGUAUGAACGAUGACGAAGAUGAAGAUUCGAUUGACCAAUCAAACGAAGGAACUGAAGACCAACACAUUAUCGACGAAGAGGAAGAUGAUGACGAACAACAAGAAAGUAUGAGAUCAACCAAGAAAUCAGACAAGAAAGAAAGAUGUCAAUUUUGGCCAAUGUGUAAAAAUCAAGAUACUUGUUCUUAUUUCCAUCCAACUACUCAAUGCAAUUUAUUCCCAAAAUGUCCAUAUGGAGAGAAAUGUUUAUAUAUUCACCCAUCGAUACCAUGCAAAUAUGGUGUAGGAUGUACUAAUCCAAACUGUGCCUUUAAUCACCCACAAAGACCAGCUGCCUAUGAUAUCCCAUCCGUUCCACCCUGUCGUAACGGUUUUGCUUGUGCCAACAAAAAGUUUUGUUCAUUUGGACAUCCACCCAUUGCUUGCAAGUAUGGAGAAGCUUGUACAAAGGCUCCAAGAUGUGCUUUUGGUCAUGGUAAAGCUUGUAUGUAUGGUGCCUCAUGUAAAACUCCAAGUUGUACCUUUGCUCAUCAUGUUGAUGGUUCAACUACUCCACCAAAUAGUAUUCCAGUUGAUUGUAGAUAUGGAAAGGAUUGCACCAAUGCAUCAUGUAUAUUUCAACAUCCAGAAAGACAACAACAACAACAAGGAGAUGGAAUGGAUGAAUCAACUGACACGUUAUCCAAUACUCUUCCACAAACUCCUCCAGGUGAACAAUCCGACAAUAGUAUCUCAACUGAUCCACAAGUCACUUCAGAUGCUACUGCCACCACUGUUUAA